AUGAAUCAUGUGUUUAUGGUUAAUUUGAAAGGUUAAUGAUACAACGCUUAAUGAGAUUUAUGUUAUUUCUAGACAAUUGUUAGAUUGGGUGAAAACUCUAUUCUAGUGGUGGUUUAAAUAUAAGGGGAAGGAUUUUAUGAUUGAUUAAUUAGUGGUGAUUAUCAUUAUCGUUUUAGCUUUUUUGUAAUUGUUGGCGGUGUGUUAAAAUUCACGAACUUUUAUAAUUGUUUUAAUAUAACUAUCCGAUUAUCUGGUUAAUAUAUCCUUUAUUUUAUCUAUGCAGAAAAUUUUGAUUACUAUUUAAUUAGUGAGGGAUUUAUUGGAAAAUAAAUUUAGCAAAUAUAAAAUAUGAGUGAAUUAAAGUUGUUGGUUUGUUUUUGAUGUGUACUAGUAGUAGAUAGCAGAGUAGACGGUAUUAGGGGUUUUGGGGUUUUAGCGGCGGAAUGGGAAAGCGAGACAAGCAGAAACAAAAGCACGAUAGAAGUCAACGAGGUAGAGAUUACUAUCUUCAAGACAAUGAAGAUUACACUACACAACCCUUCUCUUCUUCUUCUUCUUCCACUUCAACGUUGCUUUCUCCUUCUCAAAACGACAUUGAAGAAGAAAUAGAAGAACCCUCUGAUGAUGCUGACAACAACAAUGAAGAAGAAGAGAAAGAUGAAAAUCAUCAACACCGAUCACAUGACAUGCCUUCGAAAUUCCUCCUUUACCAACAAUCUGUCCAGUCUCCCAAAGGUGACAUUAGUUAUUUGCAAAAGUUCUUUCUCACGUAUGUGGGUGGAAGGAUGCCUCUUCAUCUUCAAGAAGAUUUUUGUGGCACUGCGCUCCUUAGUACAGAAUGGCUCCGUAGUGAUCCAAGAAAGACAGCUUUAGGAUUAGAUUUGGAUCUCGAGGCACUUAAUUGGUGCCUGGAAAAUAAUAUACCUAAAAUUGGGGCUGAUGGGUUCUCUAGAAUAUCUCUGUUUCAUGGGAAUGUCCUACAACCUCUGCAGUCUAAACUAGUGGAAAUGGUUCCUGAGGAGCUCGUAAGGAACAUUUCACUGUCGCAGAAUACAGAGAACAUCCAGAAUGAUGAUGUGCUUGAGUCUGACAUUCCAACAAACUCUGCGGCUCAAGACGACGAGUUAACUAAGAAAAACUUUCCUCUGAAUGGAAGAGAUAUUGUGUGUGCUUUUAACUACAGCUGUUGUUGCCUACAUAAACGAGUUGAUCUGGUUUCUUAUUUCAAGCAUGCUCGUGAUGCCUUGUCAAAGAAAGGUGGAAUUUUCGUAAUGGAUUUAUAUGGAGGUACAUCUUCAGAGAACAAGUUGAGGCUUCAGAGAAGAUUUCCUAAUUUUACGUAUGUAUGGGAGCAAGCUGAAUUCGAUAUUAUUCAACGGAAAACAAGGAUUAGCCUUCAUUUUCAUUUGAAAAAGGAACAGAGAAAACUUCGCCAUGCAUUUUCAUACAGCUGGCGGCUGUGGACAUUGCCUGAGAUCAGGGAUUGCUUAGAAGAGGCUGGAUUUCAGUCUGUUCACUUUUGGGUUCGAGCGAUGCCAGACAGCUCAGAAAUUACAAGAACUGAGGGGUUUGGUGUAGCAAAGGAUGUAAAAUAUGAAGAGACAACAAGUUUUCAGCAACAAGAUUCAUGGAAUGCUUACAUAGUUGGUGUUGCAUAGAUUCUUAAGAUGUUGUUUAAUUUAGUUUUUGCUGCAUCAUUUCUGUCAUAACCCGAAGACAAACAUCACUUGUAAUCAGUCUUUCAUUGGUUGUAACUUUUCUUUCUUUAAUAUUUUGUUUUACCUUGGAUUUAGCUUGAUAUUAUGAAGCAUCACAAGCUUUUAGGCGUACAUCCAUAUUAAGUUUGGUUUGAAA